AUGCAUUUCUCUAGCAGAAGUCGACUUAUACCGGGCCUACUGGCUCUCGCCUCAACAAGCGCAGCCCAGACGGUAAACAUUGCCAAUGGUACGAUACAAGGAGGGAAAUGCAACAGAACAGACUCUUAUUAUUUCUCUUCGAUUCCUUAUGCUCUUCCGCCUGUCGAUGACUUGCGAUUCAAGGCACCACAACCUCACGUCCAAGCAUACAAUGGAACCUUGGACGCGACGGUAGCCCCCGCUUCAUGUAUACAGUUUAGCACAUUAUUCGCCGAAUCCAAUACGCAAAGUGAAGACUGUCUGUACCUCAAUAUCUGGACCCCUAGCACAGCGACACGCGACUCGAAGCUGCCGGUAAAGGUGUGGCUAUAUGGUGGCGGAAACGAAGCCGGAGGUGUCUCGGACCCAACUUAUGACGGCUGCUAUGCCACCUCGGACUCCAUCAUCGUGUCUAUCAAUUAUCGUGUUGGACCCCUGGGCUUUCUCGCGCUCGAGAGCUUGGGUCUGAACGGCAACUUUGGUCUCCAAGACCAAUUGCUGGGUCUUGAAUGGAUCCAAGAGAACAUUGAGUCGUUUGGAGGUGACCCGACCAAAGUCCUCUUGUUUGGUCAAUCUGCCGGCGCCAUUGAUGUCUAUGUCAUAAGCACCCUUCCUCAAGCGACUGAGCUGAUCAGCUCAGUGGCUCUAGAGUCUGGUGGCGGACGGGAUCCUCCCACAGUGAACAAAGCCCAGCAGUGGCAGCAGCACUUUCUCGAUCAACUCAACUGCACUACUCCUGAUCUCGACUGUGUCCUUGCAGCCUCGACUUCAGAGCUGGUCGUAGCAGAAGCUGCCAUGCCCGACGAACAAGCCCCAGGGGCCACCACACCGUUCACAGCUGAAGGUGCGCGAGCAAACUGGGGUCCUCUCGUCGAUGGCAACAUUCUCCCCGAGACCCCCACGGCUGUUGGCAACAAGGUUCCCGCCAUCUUUGGCUUCAACUCGGAAGAGGGUACUCUAUUCGUGUUUGGCGACUACCAGGAGGAGUCCCUCUCGCUGACGCAGGCCGACUAUGACGUGUUCCUCGAGUACAACUUUGGGCCCCUAGCAUCGGUGGUCAAUCAAACGUACUCGGUGUCCAAAUUCAACAGCACCAUUGCGCCCGUCUUUGCGGCCAUGUCCACGGUCCUCGGCGAGGUCUCGUACAAGUGCCCGGCUCAUCGUGCUUUGCUCAAGUCCCGGGAGAUUGGCGUGCCGGUCUGGUCCUACGAGUUCAGCCACACCCCGAGCUGCGCCUGGUACGGCGCCAUCCCAGAGAGCAUUCUCGAAUACGUCGGCGCGACGCACACGGCCGAGAUCCCGUUUGUCUUCAACACGACCCACAACAUGCCUCUACCCGACGGUAACUGCACCUUUACAAACGCAGAACAGGCUCUUUCGGCCUCCAUGAGCGAGGCAUGGACUAGCAUGGCCGAGUUCGGCCGCCCUGCUGACGAGACGGUCUGGCCUCAGUGGACGAGGAACACCUCUGCCGGUGUAAAUAUUGAUGAGAGCAUGGUCGUGGGUACUGUGGAUUAUACCAGCUGCCUGUUUUGGGACGCCAUUUAUGAAAAGUCGGUCGAAAUUGCCAACGCUUCGUAA